AGACGACGUUGCGAAGCGAUGGACAAUUCGUUCGCCGCUGUCGUCUCGUCACCGCGGCGGCGGAGAACGGAGGGUGCGGACUUGUGGUCAUUGAAACGGACGGGCAGCCACAAUUCUUCCACCUCAUCCGACAUCCUGGUGGCAGGUCCAUCGCAACAAACGCCAUCACGUCCGACACACCAGCGACAAGACUCGACGCCCGUCCGCAUGUCGCGCUCCAACACGUCGACGCUCACCCGAGCGUACACGCAGUACGGUCACCUGACGAUUCGCUUUGCACCGCGCGCCGCGAGGGACCGCCUGCGUGCCAUUUUGCAAUCAAAGCCCAGCCCAGACUUCCACAGCUCCGACGACGACAGCGACAAUCGAUCCGAGCAGCCCAGGCGCGACGCUCGCGAUGAUGUCGAAGGCCCCAACGAACGCGGGACGUAUUCGAAAGAAUACACGCUCAAGCACCCCGAGACCAAGUGGGUCCAUCGUGGUCAAGGUCGAUACCUACCGGCAUCAGAAAUCAAACCGGAGACUGUUGCAUCGUCGCCGCGACCGACGAGAUACCUGCCAGAGCGGGCGACGACAUCAUCAGCGCAUAGCUCUGGGGCAGCGAUGGAAGAAAUGUACGACAGCCUCUGGCAGCACUUCGAUGAGUAUCGACGCAAGCAAAACCCAAUGGCGCGUCCUGGCUGGAGCCCGCAACUUCGAGGAUCGUACAACAGCAUCAUGGCCCUGCUCAGAGCGACUCCGCGAUACAAUUGGUCGAGAGCCAUCGAAGACAUUGAGAACCCAGAGCAUCGGGAACUCGUCCACCAAUGGGCCGAUGCGAUGGAACGUAAACAUCCACUGCAGAAUACGACCGAUGCGGAGAAUGCCCGGCCGAGCAGACUGGCCGCCCGGCAAGCCAAGACCGUUGGAUACCCUAACAUCGACCAGCGUCGAAGCUCGCGCCUCGUCGACACUAUAGUUAACACCUAUGACGACGACGAGAGCGAUGACGAUGUAGAUGUGGAAGUAGAAGAUGAAGAUGACCACGACGCCGAAGAAGUUGAAGAAAGCGAGCCAGAGCACGAUCCCGAGCAGACGUACAGCAGGGAUUAUGUCGAUGCGCAUCCACACGAAUCAUUCUACCACACCGGUGCUGGGAGAUAUAGACGCGGAUCCCGAGCAACGAUUCUGAGCAAGCAGUCAACUCGACGUGGCUCAAGCACCUCCCAUGUCAUCAAAUACAGCAGCAGCGAAGCCUCGCACGACAUUGGUGGCGACAUUGCUGUGAAGAAAGAGGAUCUUCACAAGCAUGCAGGCCGAAUCUUUCACCACAGAGGGAACCAAUUCUAUCGACCAGGCGUCAGUCCACAUGGUAUCAAAGGCACCAAGCUUGUCCUUGCGAACGGCGAAUUGCUUGGACUCCACGAUCUUAACAAGAAAGACGCGGAAGACUUGCUUGCAAAGGCCAGCAAGAAGAACUUCGGCUUGGCAGAUCCGCGGACAGCGUCAGGAGUGAGCCAAAAUCGCAGCACUGGACGUCGCAAGAGCAGCACCUACAGUGCAGCUGAACCCGCCGCCGCUUCCGCCUCAUCAGGACGGAGGUCCAGCAAAGCGGAGAAUCACGCGAAUGGGGACAGUCACGAGCUUUCCCUUUCGCGGACGACCAGCCGCAGAUACAGCUCCAAGUCAAAUCUGGACGUAAAGGAUGCGUUUGUACGUGAGAACAAACUGAAGCCGACGCGAUCAAAGAGCGACCCAGACAUGCUUCUCGACAAAGAGUAUGUAGAUGCUCAUCCCGAUGAGAUCUUUCAUCAUCGCGGACAAGGCAAAUGGGCGCGUGGACUGCCGCCUCCAGGCUCUUCUAACAAAAUGGCGGUUCGGGGUCCAGGUGCUCGGGAGAUGUUCGACGCCAUGCAGCGCGGAGAAGAGCUUGACGAGAACGGCAGACCGCCACCACCCAUCACUGCUCUGCUCCGCAAGGAAGAAGGACCAGACCUGUAUCCGCAGUAUCAGUGGCAUUAUCGAGGAGGUGGCAAGCACUGCAGGCUGACCAAAGAAGAAGCGGAGGCAUACGAAGCCAGUUUACGUCCAGCAAAGAGACAGCGCGUUUCUACUGGAUUCCGCGGGCGCGGCGAAGGUCCGGAAGCACAGUUGCAACGUGAGAGCCUUGCAGCUCAGCAGGGGCCGGGCAAAGGCAAAGCGAACGUUCAGAUGCGCCGCCCUGGCCGACUUUCGCGCGAUGCCUCGCAGUACGGUGUUCACUCGAAAGCGUCUUCCAACUCCGAAUCGAAAGCACCAACGCCCAAGCCACCUCCACUGGCUCCCGAAGAAGAUCGUUUGACUGAAGACGACCUUCCGAGCCUGUACAAGGACGAGUGGUCAGACAUUGACGAGCAAGACCCGGACGACGAAGCCGCACACAUCAUGCGAGCCAGAUUCCGCCCCAUCGUCGGUGCAGAGCCGUUUGUGGCAGCACUGACCAAACACGACCCUGCAGUGCGCUCACUUGACUCGCUCAAAGCUCUUGCCGCCAACGCACAAAUGGCGCUCAUGUCGCUCCAAGACGAGUAUCUCGAGCUCGACAAGGUGGUGGCACGCCAUCCGAUGAACGGCAAGAAAGAGCGCAAGCCGGUUCACGGAGGCCGUGACCCAGUAUCACACGCCAUCUGGGAAGACAAGAAAGAAGCAGCACUUUACGACUACGCCUUCGACGCUCGCAAAGUGGGUUACCAGGACCCAGACGCACAGCGCAUCGUUCGUGACGCCGAAGGCCGCGAGCUUCGCAGACGCCGCAACCGCAUCGAUCCCCACACCACACAAGUCAACUACGGCGACGGCGAGAUGACCACGCGCCGCACGAUCAAACCGGUCUCCCGCUUCGACGGCGUCGUCGUGACCAUGCCGCGCAAGCGCUCUCGCCUCAACGUUGCUGAAACCACCGAAACCGACAACUCCGUGGGCAAAGCCGGCAGCAUGACCCCCGAGCGCUUCUCCGCUUCCGGCUGGAACGGUGAUCCCAACGAUUACGUCCCACCCACCCGUGGCCGCUGGGCUGGUCAUGUUCCGAAACGUAUUCAAGAGCUACGUGGCGCGAGCCUGUCCCGUCGCAGCGAGAGCGGAUCCCCGCAACCUUCUCCAGCAGCGAGCAGCAGUGGAGGCGUUCGUAAAGGGCGACCGCCUGGCAGCAAAAACCGCGAAGAGCGCAAAGAUAAGGGGAUCAAGAAGGGUCCGAGGAAGAAGAAAAUUGAUCCAGUUACGGGUGAAUUGGUGCCAGCUGGCAGCGGCGCUACAACUCCUGUGGCCGAGGGUCGCAAGCAGGAGAACAUCGAUUCCAGGACUUUCAGUGCUUCUCAACCCGCUGGAAUCGCUUCCAGCAGCACCACUACUGCACCAUCCACACGCCCAGAGAAUCCAAUGUCUCUGAACGCCAUCAUUGGGUAGCUACGGAGCAAUUCAGUAGCACCGAGCAAAUGGCCUGUUUGUCUAAUAGCAUAAGCGAGCAUGGAAAAUCCCACAGCAAAACGGAGAGGAAAGGGGAUCGUCGACGUGGCUGGCGUUUGUGCAUGCAUUUGCUUAAUCUGUAUUUAUACUCUCAGCUGUUGACCUAAGUGGUCAUUGCUCACUGAUACUGAGAACGAGAACGAGAAUUCUUUCUUCCUCGAGUUACAGCUACAUAAUGCAAGUCACCUGUCCG